CGCCCCGCACCCUCCCGCCUUUUCCGGUGUCGCUUGUCUUUUCAUUUUGUGGUGGGGUGUGGAGCUGAUUGUGACGGUGCAGGCGGCGAGUCUGGACAUCAGGUUUGCAGAGGAAACUCACUGUCCAGCAGUAUGAUGGAAGCUAACUCAUUCUUCCCCAUCAGGCUCGUGAAUGCCCCAAGCGUGGAACUCCCGUGUGAGGACGGCCACAUGAGUCGCGAGUGUACCGGUCCCCAGAAGGAAAAGACCUGCUACCGUUGCAACCAGCCUGGUCACCUUUCGCGUGACUGCAACGACCCCAACGCCGUCCAGACUGGUGGUAAUGGAGGUUACGGAGCCAGCGCAGGUGGUGCCGAGUGCUACAAGUGCGGAAAGGUUGGCCACAUCGCUCGUCACAGACCUGUUAUUCUUGCGGCGGCUACGGUCACUUGUCUCGCGACUGUACCCAGGGACAGAAGUGCUACAACUGCGGCCAGAUCGGUCACUUGUCGCGCGAAUGCCCUAGCGAGCAGGACCGUGUCUGCUACAAGUGCAAGCAGCCCGGUCACGUGAUGGCCGCCUGCCCUGAGGGCCAGAACGCCUAGACGGUCAACAAGGUGUGCAGUGCCAGUUGCAAUGUUUGAUUCCAGCAAGUCUGUUUCCUUUCGGGUGGGAGAUUUCUUUUGUUUCUCAGCAACUACUGUUUCCUUUUUCAAUGCAAACACAACGGGAG